AUGUCUUCUGUCGUUACCCUUAACAAUGGCACCCAAAUGCCUUUGGUCGGUUUGGGUGUCUGGAAAAUCCCACAAGACAUCACUGCCCAAGCAGUGUACGAUGCCAUCAAGAUCGGUUACAGAUUGUUCGAUGGUGCUGAAGAUUAUGGCAAUGAAAAACAAGUUGGCCAAGGGGUCAAGAAGGCCAUUGCCGAUGGGUUAGUUAAGAGAGAAGAAUUGACAAUUGUUUCCAAAUUGUGGAACAACUUCCACCACCCAGAUAAUGUCAAGAAAGCCCUUGCUAGAACCUUAUCCGAUUUAGACUUGGAAUAUAUCGAUGUUUUCUACAUUCAUUUCCCAAUUGCUUUCAAAUUCGUCCCAUUUGAAGAAAAAUACCCACCAGGAUUCUACUGUGGGGACGGCGAUAACUUCCACUACGAAGACGUGCCAAUCAUUGAAACCUGGAGAGCUCUUGAGAAACUUGUCGAUGAAGGGAAAAUCAAAACUUUGGGGAUCUCCAACUUCACCGGUCCAUUGAUUCAAGACUUGCUCCGUGGGGCUAGAAUCAAGCCAAGUCUUUUACAAAUCGAACAUCACGCUUAUCUCCAACAACCAAGAUUGAUUGAGUACGUUCAAUCCGCAGGGAUCAAUGUCGUGGCUUAUUCCACUUUUGGUCCUGCUAGUUUCAUUGAAUUGAACCAUCCAAAGGUUAAGGAGGUCGGAGCGUUAUUUGAAAAUGCUACCGUUGUUGAAGUUGCCAAGAAACAUAAUGUCACCCCUGCCCAAGUGUUGUUGAGAUGGACCACCCAAAGAGGCAUUGCCGUGAUUCCAAAGUCUUCCAAACCAGAAAGAUUGGAAGCCAACUUGAAACAUGAACACUUUGACUUGUCUGAGGAAGAACUUAAACAAAUUGCUUCCUUGGAUAUUGGAUUCAGAUUCAACGACCCAUGGACCUGGAACAAGAUUCCUACUUUUAUUUGA